AGUUUAUAAAAGGAAGUUUAGUGUUACUUUUAUUUUUUGUUUUAUAUAAAUCUGUAGAUUUAUAAACUAUUUAUGAAAAUGGACGAAAAACCUCACAUUCGCUUUAAUCCUUUGAAAGAUGAGUGGGUUGUCGUUUCACCCCACCGCACAAAACGCCCCUGGAAAGGGCAGGUUGAGAAACCACAAGAGACGCUCGUACCUAGACGAGAUAUGAACAAUCCCCUCGUUCCUUCGGCCGUUCGGGCGAGCGGGGAAAAGAAUCCGGAGUAUGACGGCGUUUAUGUCUUUAAGAACGACUUCCCUGCGCUGUUAGAGGAGGGGGAAAGCAAUGAAGGGUGUAGUGGUGAUGAUAAUGAUGGGGGGUUGUUUCAAAGUGCCCCCGCUAGGGGUACCUGUCGGGUGAUGUGUUUCCAUCCCUGGUCAGAUAUGACACUGCCUCUUAUGGAUACCAAGGAUGUUGUCAAAGUUGUUGGAGAGUGGAUAAAUGAGUUUGUUGAGCUGUCGAAGAAAUAUCGCUGGGUUCAGAUUUUUGAGAAUCGAGGUGAAAUAAUGGGCUGUUCAAAUCCUCAUCCUCACUGCCAAAUCUGGGCAAGCUCAUUUCUCCCCAAUGAACCAUCUGCUGAAGACAAAGCGCAAAAAGAAUACCUUGUAAAACAUGGCUCACCACUACUAUUGAAAUACAUAAACCUAGAACUGGCCAAAAAAGAGCGCAUUAUCAUUGAGAACGACCAUUGGCUUGUUGUGGUACCCUACUGGGCUGUGUGGCCUUACGAGACCUUGCUGCUUCCAAAAAGGCAUGUCUUACGGCUGCCUGAUUUAACCAACCAGGAGCAAGAAUCCUUGGCAGUCAUAAUGAAGCAACUUGUAACAAAAUAUGAUAAUUUAUUCCAGUGUGCUUUUCCCUAUUCUAUGGGCUGGCAUGGAGCCCCUACCGGAUCAUGCGAUGCUGAUUGUAAACAUUGGCAACUGCAUGCCCAUUAUUACCCACCACUAUUGAGGUCUGCUACCAUAAAGAAGUUUAUGGUUGGUUAUGAGAUGUUGGCCUCCCCUCAAAGAGACCUGACUGCAGAGCAAGCAGCAGCCAAGUUGAGAGACCUUCCUGAUCUGCAUUAUAAACUGAAUUCAAGUGAACCGUUAAAAUGAUUUAUUGUAUAGGGAACAAGACUGAGCUUUAACUAACUUCAGUUCACUUCAGAGAUGAACAAAAAUAUUUGAAAAUUAUUAC